CCCCGCGUGCUCUGGGGGUGGGCGGAGCCACGGGCCCGGAGGCGCUGGAUUCGCGCGCGCAAAGCUGAUCUCGGCGCUCGGGUCUGCAGCAGCGGCGCUCGCGGGAGGCAGGUGCGGCUUUUGCAAAGGUGCAGCGCAGGACAUUCUCUGGGAAGGCGAGUCAAGCAUCCGGCCUUUGUCCACUCAGAAGUCAACCAACAGGAGAAGAACAAGAGUUCUCCUGAAGCUAAACGAUGGGCAGGCCCAGAAAAACCGCAGACAACGUGUCCUCCCCUCGUCCUGCCGCCACGGCACCGAAAGCAGCCCCCGCGGCCCCUCGAGCGUCAGCUUCGUCCAAGUCGACCCCUGCCACCACCAGAGCUCCCAGCGCUCCUGCUACGAAGAGUGAAGGCAGCCGACGAGGACAGGGCAAGGUGGUGGCCUCCAUCUCGAGCUCCGAUGGAAGAGGGCAAAGUUACCAGCCCAAGUCCGCAGAUGCGUACGGCAGCGGUCAAGGAGACGUAAAAAGCAGCCGUGGAGCUAGAGCCAAGACUUCCGCUGCCAGUGGAGGCGGAGGAUAUGAAGUUGGCACCAGUGGAAUCGCAAUAGGUAGUUUUGCGUACAGCAGCGGUCAGGGAGAUGUAAAAAGCAGCCGUGGGGCUAGAGCCAAGACUUCCGCUGCCAGUGGAGGCGGAGGAUAUGAAGUCGGCACCAGUGGAAUCGCAAUGGCUAGUUCUGCACGCCCGUCGCAGACGGCCACCAAAAAGCAAGGCAAAGCGAGUGAUUUUUCCCCUCCGUUAGAUGUGGCUGAGAUCGAGAGCAAGACACGGGGUCAGCGAACCAACCCCGAGUGGUACAAAUGGAGGGAGAACCGCAUCACGGCUUCGAUGGCCCCCAAGAUCGCCAACAGCAACUUUGCCAACGGGCGGAGCUCUGAGGUGCCACAAUCUUACCUGAAAAAUGUGGUGAACUCGCGCUCCGGUGUCGUGACCCCCGCCAUGUCCUGGGGCCUCCAGAACGAGAAGAAAGCCAUACAGGCGUAUAAAGAAAUCAAGUCCAGCAAGAGCAAUAAACCACUGACGGUGGACGAUUGCGGGCUGUACAUUGACAAGGAGAAGUCGUGGCUGGCCGCCAGCCCCGAUGGGAUCGUCAGAGAAGCCAGGACCGGUAAACAGCUGGCCGUUCUGGAAGUCAAGUGCCCAUAUAAACACAGAGACAAGACGGUGACAGACGCCUGCAAGGACAAAAACUUUUGUCUGGAGAAGGAGGGCGAUUCCUACAUGCUGAAGAAAAGCCACCCCUAUUACACACAGGUCCAGUGCCAGAUGGGAGUCACCGGGCUCAAGAAGGCGGACUUCGUGGUUCACACCAACAAAGAGACGGCCGUCGCCCCCGUGGAUUUCGAUCCCGUUUUCUGGGACGCCACCGAGCCCAAGCUGGAGAAGUUCUACAAGGAUGCCGUGGUCCCGUACCUGGAGCAGAACCAAAACGCUGCUGCUUGGGCAAAAGAAGAGUAAAGCGGCCGGGCAGUCAAGAGUUUCCGUACGCCCUGAAAGAUGUGCCUUCCGCCUGUCGCUGUUAACACUCUCUUUUGGUUUUCCCACCCGACUGUAGAAAAAUAGUUCAUUGUACUCUUGUGCUUAAAACGGGCUUGCUAACCGUUACCGAAUCCCUGCCGCAAGAGCAACAUAGUAAUGCGCGCCCUUCGUCCUGGCCUUCUAGAAGAAGCAGGUCAUCGGGGCAAUUCUAGAUCAGGUCAGAGAACCGCAAGCUGCCGCAAGACUUCUCUGCCACAAAGGAUGAUGCUUUAUUGGCCAGGUAUCCUGAUGUUCAGAAAUAUAUAGGGAAAAGUACAGUUGCUGCUCCUCCGUUUGCCAAGGGCUGUUCCACUGCCAGCUGAAUUUUACAUUUCGCUCCCUCGUUUAGACACGAGUUCUCGUCAUUCCCACCAUUGGAAGAACCAGCAAACGCUGCCAUUGACACCAGAACGAUGAACUUCAGCUUUGUGAGUUCUAAUUUUCUUUCUAUUUUUUGAAGCGGCAAGAGGGUAACUUCACACGGCUGCAAAGGAAAUCCUCGUCGUUCCUAAGGUCUGUUUCGUUUUCCAAAAAAAAGAUUUUCCUUGAUCUACAGUUCUUUGAUCAUGAGAGAACUCUGAUUAGAACCGGGUGAAUGGUGGGGUCGUGAGGAACGGCAUGAUCGACAAGAUCUGAUCCAAAGCUGCAGUUACAUCAAUGGGAGCAAGUGAUUCUGAAUUCCGUGGACCUCCCGCCCAAGGACCUCCCGCAAAAGGAUAGGAUGUUAGAUAUUCUGUUCAUGUCAACCAAAUGUCAUCAUCUGAGUAAUUUCUCCUGUUGUUCUUCAGGGAGCAAAAGGCCACGCUUCCUGUUCUUGUUCAUUUAGACCAGGGGUAGGGAACCUGCGGCUCUACAGAUGUUCAGGAACUACAAUUCCCAUCAGCCUCUGUCAGCAUGGCCAAUUGGCCAUGCUGGUAGGGGCUGAUGGGAAUUGUAGUUCCUGAACAUCUGGAGAGCCGCAGGUUCCGUACCCCUGAUUUAGACAAAUAUAUUUUUGGUGCUGUUAAAAGAGUUACUAUUUUUUGAGUACCAGAGAACCAGUAUUUUGCCACUUGGGAAGACCAAAUAUAGUAUUUCACUUAUAUUUAGAAAAUCAGAUUUUUUUUUUCAGAAUUGCUACUUUGGUUAGAAUAGCUUGGUUUACUAACACUUGUUUAGAGGGCAGAACCGGCCAGCUGGAUUAUAUGCUGUGAUUGGUUGGGGUUGGCCGUGACUUCUCUUUGAAAAAAAAAAAAGGAGUAAAAUAAAAACAAAUUCACUUUGAA